AUGGAAAUUUUAGAAAAACUAGCCGAACUAACUAGUAAGCAAAAACGGGUCAUGGAGUUAGCAUUACAAGGUCAAAAUGUUUUUUUUACCGGGGCAGCCGGAACAGGAAAAAGUUAUCUAUUGCAAAAACUAAUCACUUCUUUACAAGAAAAAUACGGAAAAAAGCAUGUUGGAGUCACGGCCACUUCGGGUAUUGGUGCCGAAGUUAUUGGUGGAACUACUCUCCAUUCUUUUUUAGGUAUUGGGAUUGACAGCAAUCUUAGUGUGGAAGAAUUAUUAGAUCGCAUUUUAACUAGCCGUUCUUCUUAUGCCCGGAAAAACUGGCGGAAAAUUAAGGUGUUAAUUAUUGACGAAAUAAGCAUGUUAGGUGGGGAAUUAUUUGAUAAACUUGAAAGUCUGGCUCGGCAAAUUCGACAAAACGAGCAACCGUUCGGCGGUGUCCAAUUAAUUUUAGCCGGAGAUUUUUGCCAACUCCCUCCGGAUAUUCGGCUGGGUCGCUUCUCCAAAAGCCGCUGGGAAAAAUUUGUUUCCUUGUUAGCCCGUGAGCCAACUUGGCCGGACGAUGGGAUUAGGCCAGUUAGUUUAUACGCCACCAUCCAGGAAGCCGAAGCCACUAAUAACCAAGAGUUAGUUCAAUUACCCGGACCUUCUUACCUGUUUGCGGCCGAAGACCAAGAAAAAGCACCCGGCAAAUUAAAAGAGUUAAUUCGGGAUUGUCUGGCACCGGAAAAAUUAGAGUUAAAAAUUGGUGCCCAAGUGAUGUUGAUAACUAAUUAUUUAGAAAAGAAAUUAGUUAAUGGUAGUCAAGGAGUAGUAAUCGAAAAAAUUGAGAGUUAUGACAACAAUAAUCGUCCAGCAGUUUCGGCUACUCGCACCCAAAUUCCGCUAAUUUUGAGGCAAACUAUUGAACGGCUAAAAGUGGAUUUAAGUAAAUGUUUUGUGAGCGGACAAAUUUAUGUGGCUCUUUCUCGGGCCAGUGACCCGCAAUUUCUUCAAGUAAUUAAUUUCCCUUACCAUAAAAAUUAUCCUCGCAACGUUAGCGAAGGAGAAUUUGCCAAUGCUAGAAUUGAGGAGCCUGACCGAGCCAUCGACGAAUUUGCCAAUCGCUAUCAGAAAAAAUUUAAACUUCUUCACCCUAAAGACAACGACGCUCCUUAUGCGUUUUUGAGCCCAGAAGAUGCGGAAUUUCUCUCCGCGUUUGAAAUGGAAUACAGUCACACUGAUUUUGGUAAUGCGUUUCUUUCUCGGACUGUUCCAACUGUUAAUUCUCGACGUGAUAAUACCAAAACAUUAAACGCUUUUUUUUGGGAGGAGGAUGAGUUUUUUAUGGGAAAAUUACUUUUGGAAAAGAAAGUUCUAACAAGAUUACAAAGAAACAAGGAUUAUAACAGGCGAGAUAGGGGGAGAAUUGGCCAAAGAUUAGAAGGAGAGGAAAUAAACGAAUACCCCGGUUUAGAGGGAAAUUUGGAUUUAAGGGAAUUUUCAGGGUUGGAGGAAGUGCAUUUACCCGGUUUUCGUCUCACCGGAUUAUUAUUAUCAGAUAGCGUUUACGGCAAACUCGAAAAGCUGACUACUAUUAAUUGUCAAAAAAAUCGGCUCCAAAGUUUAAAUCUCGAUUUUUGUCCCAGUUUGAAAAUUUUGAAUUGUUCUGAUAAUAAUCUCACGAGUUUGGAUUUAAAAAAUAACAAAAAGUUAAUUUCUCUUGAUUGUAGUAAUAAUUCUAUCAACCAGUUAACUUUUCCUUCUAAUUCGCUUUUAGCAACAUCGUCUGGAGAAAACCAACCACCUGAGGAAAAUGAUUUCAGUGGAUUGUUAGCCGGUUUGCAACGCUGUGGUAAUUUAGAACUUAUGGUGGCGGUUAAUCAAACUAAAAUCCAAGGAAAUCCUGCUAAUUCUCUGUAUUUAUUUGGGAAUAAUAUGAGACAUUUUUAUUGUCAAAAUACUAUUUUUCAAACAGAACUCGAACCUUUUAAUUACAACGAGAGGGAAGCAAGAGAAUUGGCCGAAAAAAAAGUGAAAGGAUUAGAAAAUCGAAGCACGGAAGAAAUUAAGAAAUUAGCUGCGAAAGAGUUAGAAGAAAAAGAAAGAACCAUCACUAGUUUAAGAGACGAAAUUCAAAGAUUAACAGGAAGUUUGAGUUUUAAGGAGGGAAAAAUUAAAUCUCUUAAUGAGAAGUUAGCCAAGGAAGAAAAUAAUAAUGCGGUGGUUGAAAGCCCAGUAGUAGUUUGUAAAGAAACCCAAACCUUAAUUAGCGAAACGGAAAAUAAGGAAAUAAUAAAAAAAUUGGAGGAAAAAGUUAGAGAUUUGGAGCGGGAAAGAAGUGAAUUGAAGGAGAAAGAAAAAGAAUUUGUAAAAAAGGAGACAGAAAUUUUAUUAGAACUUAAAGAAGCGGGAACACAAACUGACAAAAACGAACAACCGCCAACAGAAAAACCAGCUAGUUCAGUCACCACAGGCCAGUUAUCUCUUCAUCUUGCUGGUUCCGCUCUGUUUAAUCCAAACAAAGAAGAAAGAAUUAAUGCCGAUUUAUCCGCCAAAAUUCAAGAAUCAAUCAAUAUCGCAGAGCAAGCAAUUGCCAAGGAAAAAGAAAUCAUGGAGUUAAGACGAAAGUUGUUCCAAAUAGAACGAGCCAGGAUUAAUAAACACCAUGAGGAAAAAAUGGAGGAAAUUUCGCUUAUCUUGCAACACUUAAAAAAUACUUUAUAG